AAUGUUUUUUGUUUGAACAAACUUUUAUUUUUCAGGUUCUAAUUUUUUUUGUUUGAACAAGCUCCUUUUUUUGUUUGUUUUCAAUGUUCUUUACCGGAAGUGACCCACUGCGGUGGGUCCAACUCCAGGCGGAGCUUCAGCGAUGACUCAAGUCGAAGUAACCCGAGAGAAGACCGGCCCAGUGCGGGCAGACCUGGGCUUUUAGUCGGGGAGAACAUGCUGUCUCUGUGCCUGAUCUUGGCCUUUUUCACACACAGCUCAGGACAGCUGUCUCACGUGCAGCAGUACGAAGUGGUUCGACCUCAGAGACGUCCGGACAGACAGACCAGGAGCCUUCAGGACAACCAGCUUUAUCCUGACACAGUUCAGUUUGACUUGAUCAUUGAAGGCAGAAACCAUACUAUUCAUCUGGAAAAGAACAGGAAUCUUAUUGGUGAAAGCUACACUGAAACGUACUAUUCAGAGGAUAGAAAAAGAGUGACAACAUCACCAAAGGAGGAGCACUGCUUCUACCACGGACAUGUACAAGGUGAGGCCGACUCCUCGGUCAGCAUGGGAAUUUGUUCCGGCAUCAGCGGCUUUCUGAGAGUCCAGCAGCAGCUUUAUCUGAUAGAGCCUCUGGGACAGGCUGUGGAUGAAGAACAUGCUGUCUACAAAUGGGAGCAUGUGAAGACCUCAGGCGGUGGCUCCUCUUCUAACAGCACCCUGCUGUUUGAUCGAGAUCUAAACCACGAACAGGGCCCUCAGCCAGAAGGCCUCUUCAGGUCUAGAUCAUGGAAAACAAAAUCACCAGCAGGUCCUCAGCGGUUUGUCGAGCUGUUUGUGGUGGUGGACAACAAUGAGUACCAACGGUAUGGAAAAGACACCAGGUCGCGUAUUCUUGGCGUUGUGAAUCACAUCGAUAAGGUGUACCGCUCUGUAAACAUCCGCAUCAUGCUGGUGGGCUUGGAGAUUUGGUCCUACAGAGAUUACAUCAACAUGGACGGAAACUCAGACAUCACUCUGGACAACUUCCUGGUGUGGCGCCAGACCGAUCUCUUGCAGAGAGCAAAGCAUGAUAACGCCCAGCUUGUGACUGGCAAAGACUUUGAUGGAGACACAGUCGGGCUGGCUAAUAAGUUUGCCAUGUGCACUGUGAACUCGGUGGGAGUCAAUCAGGAUCACCAUGAUAACCCUCUAGGCCUGGCCUCCACCAUUGCUCAUGAGAUGGGACAUAACUUUGGUCUGUCCCAUGAUUCUGCAGGGUGUAUGUGUGGUCCAGCUUACAGCAGCAACAACUGUGUGAUGACUGAAAAGCUCAAUACGGGAGGCCAGGCCUUCCCGGACUUUUUCAGCAACUGCAGCAUUCAGCAGCUCGCUCAGUUCAUGGAGCGAGCUCAACCCAGCUGCCUGCACCCACCAGGCCGCAUCAGCACCAUCGCAGUGGGCCCUCGCUGCGGCAAUGCCCUGCUGGACUCAGGAGAGGAGUGUGACUGUGGCACAGCUGAGGUAUGUAACAACCCUUGUUGUGAUGCCUCAACGUGUCGCCUGACUGGAGGAUCUCUGUGUGCUCAUGGAGAAUGCUGUGAAAGCUGUCAGUUAAAAGCGUCUGGCAGCAUGUGCAGAGGUUCUGCUGGUGCCUGUGACCUGCCUGAAUACUGCAGUGGAAACUCACCGGAUUGUCCUGAAGACAGCUUCGAGAUGAAUGGCAAACCCUGUUACAACAAGGAGCCGGGUUACUGCUACAACGGCCAGUGUCCUACACGAGUCCAGCACUGCUGGAGGCUGUUUGGAGAAGGAGCCAAAGAAGGCCCUGAUCUGUGUUUUAACCUGAAUAAACGGGGUGAGGAAGGUGCCAACUGUGGGAGGGAUGGACAUGGCUUCAUUCGCUGUUCCCCUGAGAACCUGAAAUGUGGGUCUAUGUUUUGUGUCGGAGGGGAGGAGUCAAUCACAGGUAAACACGCAGCUUUCAACGUGAUCGGCUUCGAGUGUAAGAUUGUUGUGGAGGUCGAUAAAACCAGAAACAUGGACAUGGUGCCGAAUGGGGCCGCAUGUGGACAAAAUAAGGUCUGCCUCAGCAACAGAUGUGUGGAUGUUUCAGUUUUUGGCAGAAGGGAUGUCUGUGCAAAGAAAUGUAACAACAAUGGGGUGUGUAACCACAAAAAUGAAUGCCACUGUAAUCCUGGAUGGGCUCCACCAAACUGUGACAUCAAAUAUGCAGACAUACCUCAAGGUCAGACUGUGAUGGUAGCUGGAGUGUGUGCAGCUUUCUCGACCCUGCUGGUGGUCACUGUGGUCAUCACAGGAGUCAUGUGGUGUAAGAAGGACAAGAUGAGGGACAGCUACAUGUAUAAAAUAGAUAGUUUGCUCUCCUAUUUGAACAUUUUGUUUUCAUCCUUCCUGCUGAUUAAAUCUCAUGUUUACAGGAAAACACAGUCAUCUCCUGGUAAGUUGAACCCGAUGUUCCAGGGAAAAGGCAGAGACAGACCUCAGAUCAGCCAACCCACUCUGAUGGAGUCCACUUCCACUCAGCCUUGCAGUCCUCUGGUUGUUACUGUGACUCCCAGCAGACCUCCACAGCCUCCGCCUAAACCCUCUUCUGUUUCCUGUACCACUGAAACUGACCUGACCAAACCCGUACCUCCAUCCAAACCUUUGACUAAACCAAAGAAUCAUGGAACCAAACGAAGUCCUCCACCUGUACCUCCGGUCAAACCCUCCUCUCAUCUGGUUGUCAGAUUGAAGCCUCCUCCUCCUCAGCCUGGACCUGUGUGACAUUCUGAUUCAUCUCAGGAUUGAACAGAAGUCAUGUCUACUCUGGUUGGAAUAGCUAAAGCACAAAUAGCUUUAAUAACAAGACCAAAAGCAUCACAGCUGCUGGGAAACUGUCACGUUUUUAUUCUUUUAUGGUUCUGUUUUGCAAAAAAUCCUCUUUUCUUCAUUUUUACAUCAGAUUCUAAGCACUCAGAUUUCUUUUCAUUUAUUUCACAUUAGCGUAGCUGUAGGAAAUUAAGUUAUUUGUGUUUCGUUUAGGCUCCAUUUUGUAGAAAAGCAGAUGGCCCUUUUCUCUUUUUUUUCCUAAUGACUAUAUUUCUAAUUUAUUUCUUUUUUGCUGCCUGUGAGCAUCUCCUGGGAUGCUGCUGUGAACCAUUCCAGUACGCACUGAAGGUCAUUGCUUGGACAUUCAAACAGAACCACAUCCGUUGCAGAACUAGACACCCUCCUAGACUUAUUGAUGUUGUCCACAAGUACCACAAACAGGAUAAGGGACAAGCGGCAGCCCUCGUAGAGUCCAACACUCUCAGGGAACAAGUUUCUGUUUGUGUGACCAACUCUGGUUUUGUUCAUAAAAGAACCAGACGGGUCAGGAGUCAACUUUCCCAGGGAUAGUGGCAUAGAAGUAAAUUAACCAGCAGCCUCUGAGGGAGAGGCGGCUUUGCAUCAUGAUGUUAGGGUAACUAUAAACUACAUGCAUGAGUGUUAUUUCAUAUUUAUAGACAAGAACUUGACCUGUAUUUGAAAGAUUGUUUUUAUCUGAAUAACCACCAACAGGAUCGCAGUAAGUUUUAAAAACAGGCCAUAGAAUAAGAACUGUGUGUCUGCUAGAGACUUACUUUCAGCAAUGAAAGUGUCUUUCUACCAUUCAGAUGCUUAAAAAUCUUUUCUAAAUCAUUUUUGUAUUAUAGUCAUUUUUACCAACAACUUUAACUGUCUGGCAUUUCUCUCUCAGCUAUUGUUGGGCUUCUUUUAAUAAACAUGCCAGCCGGCUAUGACUUGGCAUAGGCAGGUAGAAUAUCCUCACAGUAUAGUAACCUUGAGUAAAAGCAAACAUUUAAAUGUUUUACACCAUCUAAUUACUCAUUUUGUAGAGCAGCUUGCCAACCAUCUAGAUGCUUCUGAACAGUUUACCAUCGCCGCCUGAACCACAGUGAUGGCUGCAGUUUCUACGCAACUGUGCUUGUAUUUCCAACAUGCUGACCACCAGUGUGCAGCAACGACUGGAGGAGGGGCGGUGCUGGAUUACUCCAUGCUCCACACUCCCAUAGAAAACUUAUUUUUUAGCGGAAGUGUGUAAUCAUACAUUUAUAUCCAGUCGGUAAACCUCACGCAAAGCCAAACAUAAUUUUGCAUACUUGUUAUUUUACUUAAAAACUCAUGAAUGGUACUUACAGUAUGAGACUUUACACAACUCAGAUGAUUUCAUCUGCUUGUCACGAACAAGUUUUAAGUCAUGUUAAAAGCACCAGUGUCUCAAGGGCAACAGUCUGAAUUUUAUGUGUCCAAUAAAGUAUUAAAAAAAGCCCCUCUGUUACCAAAACACAAAAUAUGUUGUAUUUUGCUUCAUAUUGUGUUAGAAAUGACCAAUCGAAUGUAAAAACCUUUUUGCUAGCAACAAAUAAAGUGCACUUUACUCCU